AAUCGAUAAUUUUGAAAAGCGAAAGGAUCCGUAAAGUCGCGGUUGUUGGACCUGCAAAAGGAAUCUUCGUCCAUCUCAUCCAUUGUUUCCAGUUUUCUUAUAUUACAUACACAGAAUUAUAAAAUACAGAUACAUUUACACCGAAAGCCGACUAUUUUUUACUAAAUCGGCCCAAGGAAGACAGUUUUGUUCAACUUUAUCGUACCGUCAGCAAUGGCAGCAACUAAAACGGAAGCAGUGCCAUCCGCUAUGCGAAAUGCAAGCACGGAAGGACUUGAGUCAUGGAAGUCUAAAUUGAAAACGCCAGCAAAGGAUAGGCGCAUACAGACCACAGAUGUAACAGCAACUAAAGGAAAUGAUUUUGAAGACUACCUGCUUAAAAGAGAAUUACUCAUGGGAAUCUUUGAGAAAGGUUUUGAAAAGCCUUCACCUAUUCAAGAAGAGAGUAUCCCAAUGGCUCUCACAGGAAAACACAUAUUGGCCAGGGCUAAAAAUGGUACUGGAAAAACUGCUGCCUACCUGAUACCUCUUCUAGAAAAGUGUGACGUGGAUAAAUCACAUAUUCAAGGGCUUGUGUUGGUGCCAACCCGUGAACUGGCCCUACAAACAUCUCAGAUCUGUAAAGAGCUUGGCAAACACCUUGGAGUACAAGUCAUGGCUACUACAGGCGGCACAAGUCUUAAAGAUGACAUAAUGAGACUAUAUAAUGAUGUUCAUCUCAUUGUUGCCACACCAGGUCGGAUACUGGACUUGAUGAAAAAAGGGGUGGCUAAGAUGGACAAUUGCCAAAUGCUUAUCAUGGAUGAGGCUGACAAGCUUCUAUCCAUGGACUUCAAAGGGAUGUUAGAAGACAUAAUUGCUUUCCUUCCACCCAGCAGGCAGAUUCUUCUUUAUUCAGCCACUUUUCCAUUGUCAGUAAAGGAAUUCAAGGAUAAACAUUUGGAUAAACCCUAUGAAAUAAACCUUAUGGACGAGCUGACCUUGAAAGGCAUCACACAGUAUUAUGUUUUCCUGGAGGAGAAACAGAAAGUACAUUGCCUGAAUACUUUGUUUUCAAAGCUUCAAGUGAACCAGUCAAUUAUCUUUUGCAACUCAGUCAACCGCGUUGAAUUGUUGGCCAAAAAGAUAACAGAGCUCAAGUAUUCCUGUUACUAUAUUCAUGCAAAAAUGGAGCAGAGUCACCGCAACAAGGUGUUCCAUGACUUCCGCCAAGGAGAGACAAGGACUCUAGUGUCUUCAGAUUUGUUCACACGUGGGAUUGAUGUUCAGUCUGUCAAUGUGGUCAUCAACUUCGACUUUCCCAAAAACUCCGAGACCUAUCUGCAUCGCAUUGGCCGUUCAGGUCGUUUUGGGCACCUUGGUCUUGCCAUAAACCUUGUCACUUACGAGGAUAGGUUUGAUUUGUUCAAGACUGAACAGGAGCUUGGGACUAACAUAAUACCAUUUCCCAAAAAAGUUGACAAGAAACUUUAUGUGGCUGAAUUUCAGCAACAAGAAGAAGAAGAUGACUAGUUACACCAAAACUCCUGGUAGGAAAACAUGCAACAGCUUUACACAUCUUAAAAGUUGGGAGCUAUCUUUAAGAGAAUUUCAAAACAACCUCUAGUUUAAUUGUUUACCACUCCAUGCAAGCAAAACUUCUAUAUUUAAGUACCUUAAACAAACAUUUACAAAUAAAGUAAUUGAAACAAAGUUUCCAUGCAUUCCUCUAGCAAUAGUAUUUCCUCUGAACAUAAAGAGUACAUGUCUAGAGGAAACUAAUUGUGAUUUUUGCCCCUACACUUUGUUUCAAACACUUCACAAUUUUUGUAGAAUGUUUUCAUGGUUAUAAAUCAGUUUGUUGCCUGGCAUUUUGGAAACAGUCAUGAUUAGUACUGUGUAAGACAAAACACAAUGAGCUACUAAGAAAUCAGCAAAUUUUCAAUCUUUUUUUGGAACAGUUAGAAUCAGCCCUACUCAAAUUUUGAUGAUAUUAAAAUAAUCCAAGAGAGAUUUAGAGCGCAUAAAAUUUAUUAUCAUGACAGCAUUAUGAACAAGGGUACAUGUGAGAACUUUCUCUAAACUAGAUUUUGUUUUUGUCCUCAGUAAAGGAAAUAAUGCUGUUUUGGAAGAGGACAGUUAAAUUUUUUAUAUGUAUUUUUUUGCCCUUCCCUUCCCUUUCCCUUGAUGGUAGUAGCUGACUACAUUCAACUAAUUUGUAAAAAUGUUGUGGCAAGUUUUCCCAGCAGACCUGGAAGAGAGUUAAAAGUCUUCCACAAGCAAAUUGUCCUGGUGAAUCUUUAAGUUCCCCUUAACUAAAACAUUGAGUAUUUAUGCCUUUCUGAUAUUCAGAAGGACAAGAGUUGAUAUCUUAUGUUAAUUGUAUUUAUGUUGUGUGUCACUUUAGGUUCAUUCACUUCCAUCCCACUACACUAGCUAAAAAGGUGAAAACUUGUUUGAGAGGCAGUAAAUAAAUUCUUCCUUUUUAUUCUUGAACUGUAUUACUGUGUUGCAAAAACAGGUAUUGUUUUACAAGUUAAAAAAAAAUCUAUUAGGAAGAGCUCAGGGUUAAGGAAGAAAUGAACAAAUUCUGUCACUUCUCAUCUGACUGUUAAGGUCCAUUUAACAGCAAGUUAAAUUAGCAUUUUUGUUGUUUGACACAACUUAACCCAUGGGAGAGUAUGAAAACAUUUCUGGAUUAAGUUUAAAGGGGACUUGUUUCUUAGCUGCUGUUGGGAUGGAAGUGAAUGACUAAAAAUGUUUUUGUGCAGUUUGUGUAGUAAAAAUUCCUAACUCCAACUGAAGUGCUCCAAGUAUGUGAAUGAAACAAUGUUUGAUAGAGAUGCUUAUUUGAAAUUGUAGUCUUUGGGUUAGAAAUUAGAUGGUAAAGUUUUUUUGCUGCCCAUCCUUUAAGUAUAGAGGCCUUAAGACAUUACCUUGUGUAGUUAGAAUGAAGUAAGCUUAACUGUGCAGCUAAGUGCUGGUAGCAAGGAGUUGUGGUACACUAUUCAAGGGAUUAAAUGAUCAAAUUGCAUUUGGUGAGCCUCUUUUAGUGGCUCUUUCCAUUGGAUUAGGGUGCCAUGGAAUUCUGCCAAGGGUAGAGUAGAGAUAAUGUGUAGAAAAGAGGAGUUGAAUGGGCAUGGCUGAUGAUGAAGAUAUUGUUCUUUGGUCUGAAUUAGUUGGAGCUUUUGAUUAAGUGUCUUAGUUAAGUGGGAAAUUAUUUAUUUGUAAUUAAUGUGUACAUAUGUAUAUAGUGCAAAUUCUAAUUAUGUAGGAAGAUUUAUUUUCAGGACAGAGUUUGAUGGAAAAGUUUGGAACUUGUAAUGGAGAGAUAAGAACCUUGAGAAAAGUCAACCCAAGUUCACAAAUAUUUUGAGUACAAGAGUUUCCCUUGUUAAAUUGUUGGUACUCUUUUAGUUUGUCUCCACUGUGCUCUGUGAUUUGGGUGAGAAAUUGCACUACCAUCUUAGCUAAUCACAUAUUACACUUCAUGGGUCCAUUACAUUUUCCAGUGUUAAGGUCAGUUUGUUUCUUGUGGUAUUGAAAGUCAAUGUACCAUUUGCUUUGUUUGGCUGUUGUUAUUCUGUUAGGUUAGUUUUAUGACUCUUGGUAACAAGUAUCCCUAAUAAGUGAUUAGUUUGUUAAUGUGCAGUGGUGUAGUUUGCUAUUUCAUGCCCACUUUACAGAGUUAACAAGAUUUCCAUUAUGAUUAAGAUUUUUGUUAAUGAAUACAUGGGGGACAGUUGAAACUGAAGUUCCAAAAACUGUGCUCUAAAGUUUCUGUGGAAUCGAGGCACUGUCUGUUAUUCUUAUUAAUGCAGUAAAACUGCAAUUCUGAAAAAUUUUUUUCCUUAAGACAGCCUACUCUUUCCCCAUGAAAACUUCGUAGAAUUGAAGUUAAUUGAGUAGGUAGGAAUGGCUAACUUUGUGUUUGUAUUGACAGCUGGACAGUGUGUAGAAUAAGAUUAUAUAUACAGCCAGGGUCAUAAUGUGAUGAAUUGUGAAGGAACAAUAUCUGUGCACACCCUUUACUCCUUUCAUAAAAACAGUAAUUUCAUUACAGCUAAAGAAGAAGAGUUAGAAGAGACUCUUGGCUCAAUUAUAGCAGCAGGAUUAGUUACCUGUUUAAUGAAAGAGGACUGGCCAUUUUAACAAGACAUUGUGACACCUAUCUAGUAGAAUAAUUACUGAGGCAUAACUAAUAAAUAUGGGAAGAGGUAGCAUAAUGGAAAUAAGGAAAAUUAAAAGCUGUUCUACAGAAGUUGUCUUGCAAAGUGGGAGAAGUUAUCCAUCAGGCUUAAAUGGCCAUUAACAAACCCAAGAAGUAGAACUGUGCAGUACACAACAAGGGUUAUGAGCAUUGCCUUGCAAUGUGUACUUAAGUAUAAAGAUAACAAUGUUCAUUAGUAUUAAUGUAUAUUUGUACAAGUCAUCUUAUUGGAACCUGGUGUAGUGGAUUAAUGACAUGGCUGGUAGAAAUUUACAGUGAUACUCUAAUUUCAAAUAUCUGAGAUGAGAAGGUUUAUUAUCCAACUUCUUUGCUAAACAAAAACAAAGAAACAAAAAAGCAGUUGUGUUGUGCCAAAUAUUAAAACUGCUGGUUUUUUUCUUUUUUUUAAUGGCAAGAGACAUUUUUAGCCUAUUUUUGUUAUUAUUUCUGACUUAUUAAUUUACUGAGUUCCUCAUGAAGUUGGAUAAUAAAGUAGUUAAAUUUUUCUGGUGCCAUAGUUGAGGCUAUAGUGAUAACACCUUUUUGUUA